AUGAUUGAGACCCAACUAGCUCAACUUGCUAGCACCAUCAAGGAGCAACAAGUUCACACAAGUCUCCCACCCCAAGGUCAACCUCCUAAGCAAAUGUACGCAAUUGUGACAAGGAGUGGGAAGACUUUAGAUGAUGGUGUUACGCAUGUUGAAGCUCAAUGCUCUAGGGGGGGAAAUUCUAAGGGAGAUGAGUCCUCCGACCAUGAUGAUGAGGAAGGGAAGUCUCAUGUCGAUGGCAUGAGUGAUGGUGAUAAGUCGAAAGAGACUACCCUUCUUCCUCUCCCAACUCCUACUCCCCCCUACCCUCUAAGAUUUGUCGGUAAGAAGAUGGAUGACCAAUUCCACAAAUUCUGGGAAACCAUUAGCAAACUUUAUGUGUCAUUAUCUUUUACCGAGGCACUCAAACAAAUGCCCCACUACUCAAGAUUCAUGAGGGACAUUCUUAGUGGCAAGAGAGGGUGUGAACCCAAGGAGACCGUUCAACUCACGGAGAGUUGUAGCGCUCUAAUUCAGCACUCCUUUCCCCCAAAACUCAAUGAUCCCGGGAGUUUUUUUAUCCCUUGUAGCAUUCAAAAGCUAAAAUUUGAGAAUGCUCUUUGUGAUUUGGGGGCAAGUGUGAGCAUCUUGCCAUAUAAGAUUUUUGAGAAGCUUACUCUUGGUGAUCUCUCUCUUACUGCUAUGUCAUUGCAACUAGCCGAUCGAUCGGUUAUGUUUCCAUUGGGUAGGAUUGAGGAUGUUCCCCUCGUAGUUGGCAAGCUUACUUUUCUUGUUGACUUCGUUGUCUUGGACAUCGAUGAGGAUGCCCACACCCCCAUUAUCUUGGGGAGGCCAUUCUUGGCCACCGCGGGUGCCCUUAUCGAUGUGCAAGGGGGACUUAUCACCUUGAAGGCUGGAGAUGCCAAAGCUAGCUUCAAGCUCACUAUUGAUGAUCAAUGUUGUCCCAAAAUGAAUAGUUGCAUGAAAAUCGACACUCUUGCUUGUGUUGAGAACAACCAUACUUGUGCUAAUUCUUCUAACUAUUUUCAUGUUUCUAAGUGUGCUAAUAAGCUUGCUAGGUCCUCUCUCGGUGAAAAGGAAGUCCAUGGAGAUCCAAAGACUCUUGGGGAUGAGUUUGAUGAUGUUGUAACCAUCCUCGAGUUAUUUGAGAUGCAUGAUGAAGAUGUUAAUGGAGCUAAACGCUCCAAGGUGUUCCAUAGGUCGGCUAAGAAAGCCAAGCAGUCCAAGAAGGUCAAGAAUCCAUCAAUUCCCGAGGAGAGGCAUGUUGGUGGAUCGUUUGGCUUUCGUCUCUUGAAAGGCGGUAUCGGUAAGAUCUUUGUGCCCAAAGGGGCAAAGAAGUGCAUGGUGACUAGUGUUGACCCAAAGUUGGUCGUGUUUGACCCCCCUUGA